UCGUUCUGCUGCAGCGGAGAAAUAUGACAUGGGGAUGAGCGAGAGAGGGGGAGAGUGAGCGAUCCUGGCAGGAAUUAUCGGUUCGUCAGCGGUCUGGAGCGAAAACGUUAGGAUGGGGAGUAAUGACUGAAAACACAACGCAUUCUCCCCGUGGUCUUCCUCUCCACUGCUGACUCUGAAGCCAUGGACUAGAGUGCUGUGUCUGGUCCUGACAGUCCUGUGGUCAUCAGAUGGCUUCUCAACAACCCGCAGCAAAAAUACAGAAAAUGAGAACGUGAAGGCUGGCGUCCACCAAGGCCACCGCUGCACCUUGGGCAGCGCACACACAUGAUCACAUGACUCUGGACAUGGAUGCGGUCCUGUCAGACUUUGUUCGGUCCACGGGGGCAGAACCUGGUCUGGCAAGAGACCUGUUGGAAGGUAAAAACUGGGACCUCAGUGCUGCUCUAAAUGAUUACGAGGAGCUCAGGCAGGUCCACACUGCCAACCUGCCACAGGUCUUCAACGAGGGCCGAUACUUUAAGCAGCCAGAGACGCGCGACACGCCCACCCAUGUCACCAGGAACGACAGGCCGUGUGCACAGAAGCAGGAGGACAAUGCACAAGAGAAGCGUCUGUCCCGAGGGAUCUCUCACGCCAGUUCUGCUAUCGUGUCCCUGGCGCGGCUGCAGGUGGCCAAUGACUGUACCAGUGAGCAGUUCCCUCUUGAGAUGCCUAUCUACACAUUCCAGCUACCAGACCUCAGCGUGUACAGUGAGGACUUCAGGAGUUUCAUAGAGAGAGACCUGAUAGAGCAGUCCACCAUGAUGGCUCUGGAGCAAGCUGGUCGUCUGAACUGGUGGUCCACCAUGUGCACCAGCUGUAAGAAGCUGCUUCCUCUGGCCACCACGGGGGAUGGAAACUGCCUUCUGCAUGCUGCCUCUUUAGGGAUGUGGGGCUUCCAUGACCGAGACCUGAUGCUGAGGAAAUCCUUGUACACCAUGAUGAAGAGUGGAGCGGAGAGAGAUGCUCUGAAGAGGCGGUGGAGGUGGCAGCAAACGCAACAGAACAAGGAGUCAGGCCUGGUGUACACUGAGGAGGAGUGGGAGAGAGAGUGGAACGAGCUGCUGAAGUUGGCCUCCAGCGAACCUCGCACUCACCUCAGCAAAAACGGCAACACCAGUGGAGGUGUGGAUAACUCUGAGGAUCCCGUCUAUGAGAGCCUGGAGGAGUUCCAUGUGUUCGUGCUGGCCCAUGUGUUACGCAGGCCAAUUGUAGUGGUGGCCGAUACGAUGCUCAGAGACUCAGGAGGAGAAGCAUUUGCUCCCAUCCCUUUUGGAGGCCUCUACCUGCCCCUGGAGGUGCCUCCAAGCCGCUGUCACUGCUCACCUCUGGUACUGGCCUACGAUCAGGCUCACUUUUCUGCACUGGUGUCCAUGGAGCAGAGAGACCAGCAGCGAGAGCAAGCUGUUAUCCCCCUGACUGACUCCGAGCACAAGCUGCUGGCACUCCAUUUUGCCGUGGACCCUGGCAGGGACUGGGAGUGGGGGAGGGAUGACAAUGAUAACACCAAGCUAGCCAAUCUCAUCUUGUCUCUGGAGGCCAAACUCAACCUGCUGCACAACUACAUGAACGUAACGUGGAUUCGAAUUCCAUCUGAAACAAGGGCUCCACUGGCUCAGCCAGAGUCUCCCACAGCCUCCGCAGGUGAGGAUGUCCAGUCUUUAGCUGAGUCCAUGGACUCUGACCGCGAGUCUGUCGGCAGCAACUCUAAUGUCAACACUGGCAAGCCCAGUAAGGAGAACAAAGACAAAGACAAGCAGCGCAAGGACAAAGACAAGAGCCGAGCUGAUUCUGUAGCCAAUAAACUAGGCAGCUUCAGCAAAACCCUGGGAAUCAAACUGAAGAAGAACAUGGGAGGUCUGGGUGGCCUGGUGCAUGGCAAAAUGAACAAAUCUAAUUCUGGCUCAGGUCGUAGUGGGGAGAACGGAGGGGAAAAGGCCAAGAAGAACAAGACAGUCAAGGGAAGCAAGGAGGAGUCAGGUCAGUCCACCAGCUCCACCUCUUCUGAAAAGACCACUAGUCCCUCUCCUACUGACAGGGACAGACCCUCCAGCUCCUCCCCCACCGAGAGACAGGACAGCGCAGGGAGAGUCUCAGGGGACAAGACCAUGGAAAACUGGAAAUAUAGCACCGAUGUCAAGCUGAGCCUCAACAUCCUGCGGGCUGCCAUGCAGGGGGAGCGCAAGUUCAUCUUUGCGGGUCUCUUGCUCACCAGCCAUCGCCAUCAGUUCCACGAGGAGAUGAUCAGCUACUAUUUGACUAAUGCCCAGGAACGAUUUAGCCAAGAGCAGGAGCAGAAGAGGAAGGAGGCCGAGAAGAAGCCCCCUGUCAAUAAUGAGGUGGCCGCAAAAAAGCCUGAGCAUGAGAGUGUCUUCCAGAGGGAGAGAUCGGACAGCUCGCCUCCGGAGAGCUGCUCUCCUGUCCUGCCCCAUCACACCCACUCUUACAGCUACAACUCACAGCCUCCGCUGGGUCCUAAGAUGCAGGGCCGGAACAGUCCCACUCCCGCAGCCCCCCUCAUCUCUGUCCCAGUGCCUCCCCUCACACCACCUACAGCCUCGCACCACGUUUCUCACCCAGCCGCAGCCCCUGCGCCUUACUCCUCCCCCAGUAUUGGUGCUAAGAGACUCGGGCCCGUUCCUGUGUCUGCCCACUACAGCCAUACACCGCCCAUCCAAAGGCACAGUGUGAUUCACAUACAAGAUGUCAACAUGCAAUCCUCCAUCUUCCAAGCUGACCCCUAUAAGCCUGUGGUGGGCACACUAAAGACAUGCGCUACCUACCCCCAGCAGAACCGCACGCUCUCGUCGCAGAGUUACAGCCCCGCUCGCCUGUCAGGGGUGCGCACUGUUAACACCAUGGAGACGCUGUCCUACAACAUGCCGGGUGAACACAAGUCGCACACCUACACCAACGGGUUCGAUGCGGGAGACAUUCAGGAUUGCCUGGAGUUUGCUGACGAGGACAACUCGUCUCACACCUGGCUCAACCAAGACAAAACCAAAGGGCGGAGCUCUGGAAGCCCUUUGUACUGCUUUCAGCAGCGCCGCUGCAAGAGGGAGAACUGCUCCUUCUACGGCAGGGCAGAGACAGACAACUACUGCUCCUACUGCUACAGGGAGGAGCUGAAACGCAGGGAGAGGGAGAGCAAAGUGCAAAGGCCUGCAUAGCCAUCACCGCCACUUCAGCAUCACACAUCAGCAAGGCCAAAGGAGACUUGAGGGAACAACACCAUCUGCACUCUGCAUUUAGAAUAUACCACGAUGGCAAACAUUUUCCUAUUUUGUUGAAGAAUGCUCUUGUAUCCCUGUCACCCUUCCCCUUGUUGGUAAAGGUUAUUACUUUAUGAUGGGGGAAGCAGAACUUGACACAGUGAGCAGCUUUGGCCAGAUAUUGUGCUACUUUAUUUUUAUUUCUGUCUCACUGAAUUUAAGUCUUUUACUUGUUUUAGAGUAAAAGUCACCUCUGCAAUGUAACUCUCUGUAUGUGAGGGAAAGUUCUCUAUUUAUUUUUAUUUUUGUUGAAGUUCAAAUGUGGAAGGAACAUGUUCGCUCUUUUAAUCAGUUUGAAUGCAAUACCGCUACUUGGUUCCUCAAAAUCUGUGGACAAUUUGUAGUUGUUUUGCAAUCAUAAUACAUUUGAUGGGAGAAUAUUAUUAGACUUUAAAGCAAUAAAUUAGUGAUUUUUGCUAUUCCCUCUCCCAAUUUUGUCUAUGCACCAAUAAUAUAAUUACUGUAGGUUAUCUGUGUCUUGUAAUCUGUGAAGGAUCGUCACGGUGUGCUUUUGUAAACAAUUUGAACGACGGGAAUAAAAAAAGUGUAAACAUUUAUAGACUGUACGGUUGGAUUAGCAAUGAAAUGUAAAACUCAUUUGUUCAGUGUUAAGCUCUGUCGUUGCCACAGUUCCCAGGUUUGCUGUGUGAGAAUUGAAUGCAAAAUAUUGUGCAAGGUAAGAUCAUUGACCACUCCAAGACCACAAGCACUGCCAAACUGGCUUCUUCUUCUUCUUCUCCUCCUCCUUCAAGAAAAAAAAAGAAAAAAAUCUUGAAUUCAAAUUUUCAAAAACGUUGUUGUGCCAAAUACUGAACAAUGUGCAUAGGACAAAUUUCUUCCCCCUAAAAAUGCAGUGUUUUAUGGUGUGUUUCUCUGCGUCGCCUGUUAACUACUUUAUUCAGUCAAUGUGUUAGAUGAGAUGAAGUGUAGUUAGUGAGAGCAGGCCCAAUGCAUAUUUGUCUGGAGUGUGAUCCUGUGUCUCUUCUCCCUCUACACCGUGCCACACGACGUGCAGUCAUGCUAUCAGCACUAUGUGGUGAUCUGCAGUAUAGGUGUGAGAUUGUGUUCUUAUUCCAUUUGUAGAGGCCGUUAAAAGAAGCACCUGCUGCUACGAGCACCUCAAGCCUUUGUGAUCGUCAGUGCUUUAAUCAAUCAGUGGGUUUUUGUAAAACCCCGGGCCUCCAAGUGCUUUCUGCUCAUUUGACAUGACUACUGUAAAGACGCAGUGUUUGUGUUGCUGUUUGUUCUGGUGAUGCUUGGAUAAUGUACCAUGCUGUCCUUAACUAAGUGUGUCCUGGCCAAGGAUGUCCACUGCUCCCUUAGUUCACUUCUGUCUCUCUCUCCUCUGCACAUCACAGUAUUGCUCCUACUUGUUUCUACUGUAUGUGACCAGUUCAUGGACUCCCACCAUGUUAGGACUGUAAGAUAUGAUUUUGUAUUCCUUUAAGAGUUUUACACUACUUUAAAUUAUUAAUUUGCACAUUAGGUACAGAUGUAAAUAUAAAAAAAAAUAGUUUAUUGUUACAA